GUUGAUAAACAAGUGAUAAUGGUGAUAACAUAACGGGUAGUGAUAAGAGCCCAUGUUUCCCUUAUUUUCAUUGGAAUUUCUCAUGAUUUGCUUGGACAUCCUUCAAAUAUUUAAUUCUAAUUCGCUGCGCUAGUACGAAAAUGCUCAAAGCCUCAUAAAGUAGCAGUACGAUCAAGCGUUUGUGCCUCUGGUGUAUCAUCUAAAUUGAAAAUGGCCGUUUGUAUUGCUGUAAUUGGGAAAGAGAAUUCUCCGAAGUACAUUUCAUGUAUUAACCCAAGUAUGGAAUUACACUUCCAGUAUAAAGUUCAUGUGUCUCUAGAUGUUGUUGAGGAAAAGUUGCAAGCAGUCUCAAAACCAAUUGCAGAUGUGACAAAGGAACAAUACUUGGGAUUGCUUUACUCUACUGAGGAGCAUAAAAUAUAUGGGUAUGUCACAAACACCAAGAUCAAAUUUAUCGUGGUUGUUGAUUCCAGCAAUACAUUACUCCGUGACAAUGAAAUUCGAAUGAUGUUCAGAAGACUGCAUAGCGUUUAUGCUGAUAUCGUCUGCAAUCCUUUUUUCAUCCCUGGAGAAGUUAUUUCAUCAAAAAAAUUUGAUAAAACGGUGAAAAGCAUCAUGUACGGCGAUUAAUAUGUUUCAACAUCUUCAGUUUAAAUAUUAUGAACGUGCUGUCUUGCCUGUGAUAUUUUGAGGAAAGUUCAUUUUAGGUAUUAGUUAUCUAUUACUAACACCUAAAGCUAUCUUUUUAUUAUGAUAGAAAUUCAUUUCAAAUUGAGUAAUAUUUGUACAAUCUUUUUUUUCAAUUUUGUACGAAAUUCACUACAAUAAACAUAUUUGUAAAUAUCUGCUUGAAGAAAGUCCUUGUGUGUUAAAUGUAAUGUAUGAAAUGUACUUCCAUGGAUGAAAGUGUGUUGUUUAAAUGUAAUUAAUUGUUUCAAAUAAAUAUGCAAAAAAACAAA